UGUUGAUUUUUUUCUAAUUGCAAUUUUUUACAUUUAUCACUUCCUUUAAAACCAACUAAUUACAUAAGAAUAUUAUGGUUUAGUUAAAAAUUUAAGCUCAAAAGAACUACUGGUAUAUAUAUAACUAAACAAACAAAGAUAUAAAAGCCACACGUGUGGCGCAUCAUAGCCUGCGCAGAUAAGGUCCUUCGUCUUCCUCCUCCAGUCCUCUCUCAAUUUCCCUCAAAGCUCUGAGAAACAAACAGUUCGUUUCUUCCACAUUAAAAUCAAAAAAAUGCCGGGGAAUUUAGAGCCGUUGGAUCUAGGCAUCCAAAUUCCAUACCAUUUCAGAUGCCCAAUCUCCCUUGACCUUAUGUCCGAUCCCGUCACCAUCUCCACCGGUCAAACUUACGACCGCACCAGCAUCGACUCCUGGAUCGCUAUGGGCAACACCACUUGCCCCGUCACACGCGUCGCUCUCUCCGACUUCACUCUCAUCCCUAACCACACUCUCCGCCGUCUUAUCCAAGAAUGGUGCGUCGCUAACCGCUCUAACGGCGUUGUACGGAUCCCUACUCCUAAACAACCCGCCGAUCCUAUCUCCGUCAGGUCUCUCCUCAGCCAAGCCUCCGCAAUUACCGGAACUCACGUCUCUGUUCGCUCCCGCGCCGCCGCGAUUCGUCGUUUGAGGGGGUUAGCUAGAGAUAGUGAGAAGAAUCGUGUUUUGAUCGCCGGUCACAACGCUAGGGAGAUUUUGGUGAGGAUUUUAUUCGCCGAUGUUGAAACGUCGUCGUCUCCUUCUUCGGAGCUUGUUUCUGAGUCGCUCGCUCUGUUGGUCGUGUUGCAUAUGACGGAGACGGAGUGUGAAGCUGUAGCAUCGGAUCCGGGUCGGGUCGGGUUUAUGACCCGGUUGUUGUUUGAUUCCUCGAUUGAAAUUAGGGUUAACGCCGCCGCGUUGAUUGAGAUGGUGUUGACUGGAUCCAAAUCGAUGGAUCUGAAAUUGAUAAUUUCCGGAUCCGAUUCGAUUUUCGUAGGCGUUCUCGACCUCCUCAAGAAUCCGAUUUCGUCGCGGCGAGCUUUGAAGAUCGGAAUCAAGGCAAUCUUCGCGCUCUGCCUCGUGAAACAAACGAGACAUCUCGCGAUCUCCGCCGGAGCUCCGGGGAUUUUGAUCGACCGUCUCGCGGCGGAUUUCGACAGGUGCGAUACGGAGAGAGGUUUAGCGACGGUGGAGCUACUAUGCCGGUUACCGGAAGGAUGCGCGGCGUUUGGCGAGCAUGCUUUGACGGUGCCGCUAAUGGUGAAGACGAUACUGAGAGUGUCGGAUAGAGCGACGGAGUACGCGGCGGGAGCGUUGUUGGCAUUGUGCACGGCGGAAGAAAGGUGUAGAGAUGAGGCAGCGGCGGCGGGGUUGGUGACGCAGUUGUUGCUACUGGUGCAGAGUGAUUGUACGGAGAGAGCGAAGAGGAAAGCUCAGAUGCUUUUGAAGCUUCUCAGAGACUCUUGGCCUGACGAUUCUACCGCUAACUCCGACGAUUUUGCUCGUACCGAAGUGGCGCCGUUUUGAAUUAUUUUUUUAUUUUCGUUUAACACGUUAUUAAUUCUUUGUUAGAAAAAUUUAUUAGAGUAGUCUUAAUUAUGUAAUUAAUUUUUUAAAAACCAGGGGAAAAAAAAUGAAAGAAUCAAAAGUCUCUGUUUUACCUAUUUACGUUAAUUAAGUUUUGAGCCCAAAA